AUGAAAGAAAUCCCAGAUAGACAUCUGCCUGUUUGUGUACGUAUGUGCGUGCGCGUGUACCUGUGUGCACGUGAAGUUUUAGGCUCGCUGUGGAAUCUACACUGUGCAGUCUACCGUGUAGAGUCUACAGUGCAGACCGACCGGUUUGAAGCAAAUUUGCCUCCACGAUAAUUUACUGCCACGUUUCAGAAGAACAUAAAUUUAGACGGAACUUUUUUGGACGUAACUUUUAGUGGCGACUAACCGGCAAGUUUACAAGCACUAAAACUGACCCAUAUAUUUUACUUUAUGGCAAACGAAACACUACUGUUCGACAGUAAAAGGGUACGAUAUUUUACACAGCUUAAUUUGAACGAAAAGGUUUGCGGUGAAGUUUGGGCGUGAAGUUUUUUGACCGGUGGUGAAACGUGCCACCGAGUCUGUUACCGGAUUUACGCGUACGAUUUUUAUUGAUCCUCAUCCAUCCCUUGCCGCAGCUCGUCACGUUCUUCUUCCAAAGUAUUAUAUUAUUUCACACAGCACGUAGCUACAGGUUCUUUGACGCACAACGUAUAUAUAUUUUCGACAGUUUCGUGAACCGCAGAUCAUAUUUUCAAAUCCCUUGAACAGUCAAUUCACGCGUAUAUCUCUGAAGAUGCUUGGUUCUCGUAGGCAUUUACAGUCAAAACGAAUGAUCACAACACGAAAUCGAACACUUAUACGUGACGCAAUUGAGUAAAAAUUUAAACUCUGCUUAAUGUUAACAAAAAAAAAAAAAAAAGAAUCUGUAAAUUUAUAACGUCGCUUGUUUCUCAGAUGUUAAUCUUUUCGCCUUAGUUGUGCCAAUUUGACAUCAGAAAAUUAGGUCAGAGAAACGAGGGACGAGGAUAAAGAUCAAAAUUUACAAGAGCGGUUUCUACAUUAAUUUGCUUCGCGUUUCGCGUUUGCUUUCGUACCCAAGGAUCGAAUUGUUGCAAGUCACUCGUUUCAAUUAAUCAGUAUAAAAUAAUGCAUUCGUUUUCGUGAAUGCAAACUUGCACGGCAAAUAGCUGGAAACCGCUCGCCUGCAUUAGGUCUAUAAAACAUUCAUCUGCAGAUGGAGAUCGGACGGUCAGGAAGGAAAAACAGCUGACAUGAGUCUUUUCCUAGCUCACGUCGAUCAAAAUGUAACAAAACUUGGAGCAUAA